AGCUAUGAAGAGCUGAACAACACUCCGUCAUCGGAGGAAUAACCCGCAAGUUGGAGAACAACUUGUACGGGGCCUGGGCUAUAAAAGGAGAGACCAUCUCCACCCAAAGACAGACCAGACUCACCAAGCUUUCCAGUCUCUGCAGAGCCAGCCCUUCUGAACAGCCAGCACUCGCAAGUACAUAACCUACAAGAUGAAGCUCACCGUGUCCAAGACUCUUGCCCUCCUCUCCGCCACGGCCGCCACGGCCACCGCCCUCGCGGAGGUCUCCAUCGACUUCUACCUGUUCAACACCACCUGCUCCUUGGACAAGCCCACCACCUACACCAUCCUGGAGAACUCCUGCUUCGGCAUCGAGGGCUGGCCCUGGGGCUCUCUGGCCCCCUACCUUGCCGACGGGACCACCUGCAGCGAUGCCACCAAGACGCCCGUGCUGUACACCUGGACCGACUACAACGAGCAGGACUACGACAACUGCGGUUCCACCCUCUACGCUACCUACGACGUCACCGACGAGCACACCUGUUACCCCGUGGACGCGGAGUAUCUCCAGCGGCUGCAGGUCAAGUGCGAGUAGGGGGUUCGAUGGAGGUUUCCAGGAUGCAUGUAUAUAGGCAGUGGGACGAGCACGGCUGGUGAAU